AAUUUUGUUUUUUAUUUGAAUUCGAAAUAAUUUUUUUAGGAAUGCAACACUGUAAAAUAUAAGACUAUUUUCGAAGUUAUUGGUUAGUUUCUUUCUAACCUAUAUUCUCAGCUGAUUUCAAAAUUAAAUAACAAUAUUUUGUUAGAAUGGCAAACCCAAAACGCGUUCUACAAAUUUUUAAAAAAUUACAUCGAACGAGACAAGUUGUAUUUCGAAAUGACGAGAGAACUUUGGAUGCAGCGCGUAAACAAAUAAACGAAGCCUUUUUUAAAAGCAAAAAUGAAACUGAUGAUGCCGAAAUAAACAAGAUGAUAAAAUUAGCGGAGGCUGUUGAAAAGGAGUUACGUACGAAUGUCAUACAAGCUGUACAAAAAGAGGACAAUGUUUUCACUGUGGAAAUUACCAAGGAUACCACUAAGUUAGAUAAUUUUCCCUUCAAUCCUGAUGCAGUGUUAGAGCGUCCAAAACGCUCCCGUGGUAGUGGUUGUGGUUCCACUGAAGAAGUAACAACGACAGCUCAAAAUAAUAAAACAUAGACAACGAGGCUUAAAAAUAAACGUUUAUAAAAAGCAACGUAGGAAUGUAAAAGGCUUACAAAUGUAAAAAAAAUAAUGUAAUUUAAUAGCUUU